GAAGAGAGCAAGCGUGGGCGAGGCGAGGCUCCCCGCGUCCCCACCCUCCGCCCCUUGAGCGUUCCCGCCGAGGGCGGCCGUCGCGAGCCGGAGUUCCAUUGUAGUUGUUGGUUUAUAAUCAUUCUAAAGAAGAACAUUGAAAUUUGGAAAAAAAAUGUUAGAAACUAUAGACAAAAAUCGGGCUGUGCAGGCAGCAGAGCGCUUGCAGGCCAAGCUGCGGGAACGUGGGGAUGCAGCAAAUGAAGACAAACUGAACCUUCUCAAGUCAGUGCUGCAGAGCCCGCUCUUCAGCCAGAUUCUGAACCUUCAGACUUCCAUACAGCAGCUGAAAGACCAGGUAAACAUUGCAACUUCAACAAUUUCAAAUGUCGAGUAUGGUCACAAUCCGCAUCUCAGCCCAGGUGUAAUUCCUACUCUACAAAAUGAAUCAUUUUUAUCAUCCCCAAAUAAUGGAAAUCUGGAAGUUCUUACAGGAUUGGGUACUACUGCACACAUCAAUGGGAAACCUGCUUGUGAUGAAUUUGAUCAACUGAUCAAAAAUAUGGCCCAGGGUCGCCAGGUAGAAGUUUUUGAGCUCCUCAAACCUCCAUGUGGAGGCCUUGGGUUCAGUGUGGUGGGACUGAGGAGUGAAAACCGAGGAGAGCUGGGUAUAUUUGUGCAGGAGAUCCAGGAGGGCAGUGUGGCCCACAGAGAUGGAAGAUUGAAGGAAACUGACCAAAUCCUUGCUAUUAAUGGACAGGCACUGGAUCAGACAAUUACACAUCAGCAGGCCAUCAGCAUCCUGCAGAAAGCUAAAGAUACUGUCCAGCUGGUUAUUGCCAGAGGCUCAUUGCCUCAGCUUAUCAGCCCCAUAGUUUCCCGUUCUCCAUCUGCAGCAAGCACAAUUUCAGCUCAUUCUAACCCGGUUCACUGGCAGCAUGUGGAAACUAUUGAAUUGGUCAAUGAUGGUUCUGGUCUGGGCUUUGGCAUCGUAGGAGGAAAAGCAACUGGUGUGAUUGUGAAGACCAUUCUGCCUGGAGGUGUAGCUGAUCAGCAUGGGCGAUUGUGCAGUGGAGACCACAUUCUAAGGAUUGGUGAUACAGAUCUAGCAGGAAUGAGCAGUGAGCAGGUAGCCCAGGUCCUCAGACAGUGUGGAAAUAGAGUGAAGUUGAUGAUUGCAAGAGGUGCCAUCGAAGAACCAACAGCACCUACCUCUUUGGGCAUCACCCUUUCCUCAUCCCCGGCUUCUACGCCAGAAAUGAGGGUUGAUGCUUCAACUCAGAAAAGUGAAGAAAGUGAGACAUUUGACGUAGAACUCACUAAAAAUGUCCAAGGAUUAGGAAUUACUAUUGCUGGAUACAUUGGAGAUAAAAAAUUAGAACCUUCUGGGAUCUUUGUUAAGAGCAUUACAAAGAGCAGUGCUGUGGAACAUGAUGGAAGAAUCCAAAUUGGAGACCAAAUUAUAGCAGUAGAUGGCACAAACCUUCAGGGUUUUACCAAUCAACAAGCAGUGGAGGUGUUGCGACACACGGGACAGACUGUGCACCUGACGCUAAUGAGAAGAACUAAGCAGGAUGCUGAACUGGCGUCACGGGAGGACGCCACAAAAGAUGCAGUUUUGUCUCCUGUUAAUGCAGAUGUUAGCAAAGAUAAUUAUCAAGAAGAUGAAGAUUCUUUAUCUCUGAGGAGAAACACCAGCAUAUUACCAAUUGAAGAAGAAGGUAAACACAUGGAGCCAGUGUCAGCUGAGCGGGAAGAAAUAGAAGAUGCUCAACAACAGGAAGCUGCCCUGCUGACCAAGUGGCAAAGGAUUAUGGGGAUUAAUUAUGAAAUUGUGGUGGCUCAUGUGAGCAAGUUCAGCGAGAACAGUGGGUUGGGAAUAAGUCUGGAAGCAACAGUAGGCCAUCAUUUUAUUCGAUCUGUCCUCCCAGAAGGUCCUGUUGGACACAGUGGGAAGCUUUUCAGUGGAGAUGAGCUGUUAGAAGUGAAUGGCAUAACUCUACUUGGGGAGAAUCACCAGGAGGUGGUGACCAUUUUAAAAGAGCUACCUAUAGAGGUGACAAUGGUGUGCUGUCGUCGAACGGUGCCACCUACAGCCCCGUCAGAGUUGGAGAGCCUGGACUUACGUGACAUUGAACUAACAGAAAAGCCUCACGUAGAUCUAGGUGAGUUCAUCGGGUCCUCGGAGACAGAGGAUCCUGUGCUGACUGUGACUGAUGUGGAUCAGAAUGCAGAGGAAGUUCAAGGACCUUUGGCUAUGUGGGAAGCCGACAUUCAGAACAUAGAGCUGGAGAAAGGGAGCAAAGGACUUGGUUUUAGCAUUUUAGAUUACCAGGAUCCAGUUGAUCCAGCAAGCACUGUGAUCGUCAUUCGUUCUUUGGUGCCUGGUGGAAUUGCCGAAAAGGAUGGACGACUUCUUCCUGGAGAUCGACUCAUGUUUGUUAAUGAUGUUAACUUGGAAAACAGCAGUCUCGAAGAAGCUGUCCAGGCCCUGAAGGGUGCACCAUCAGGAACUGUGAGAAUAGGAGUUGCUAAGCCUUUGCCUCUGUCCCCAGAAGAGGGUUAUGUUUCUGCUAAGGAGGAUUCCUUUCUCUACCCGCCACAUUCCUGCGAGGAGGAAGGGCUGGCUGAUAAAGCCCUCUUCAGGGCUGACUUGGCUCUGGUGAACGCAAAUGAUGCUGACUUAGCAGAUGAAUCUGCCUUUGAGUCGCAGUACUCUCCUGAUAAUGGCAGUAUCUACUCCACUCAAGCCUCUAUUUUAUCUCUUCACAGCAGUGCUUGUAGUGAUAACCUGAAUUAUGGUCCCUCCCUUCCAUCUUCUCCUCCCAAGGAUAUUACUGAAAAUUCCUCAGAUUCAGUACUUGAUCUGCAGAUGUCCUUGGAGGAGCUCUAUGCCCAAAAUCUCUUGCAAAGACAGGAUGAGAGUGCACCUUCAGUGGACUUGAGCAUGGGGCCAGCUUCUGGCUUUACCAUGAAUGACUAUACACCUGCAAAUGCUAUUGAACAGCACUAUGAAUGUGACAGCUUAAGAGCAUGGAGUGAAUCUCACCUACCAAAUGAAGUUGUAUCAAGUGCAGAGCUGAAUUCUCCUGUGCUGACUGAUUCGACUGGAAAGGGCUCUAAGUUCUUAAUUCCACAAGGUUCCCUGGCCUCUGCUGCUGAGUGUGUCAUGCUCCAAAAUACACCCAGAGAAUCUUUCGAGAGGACUAUUGUGAUAGCAAAAGGCAAUUCUAGCUUAGGAAUGACAGUAAGUGCUAAUAAAGACGGCUUGGGGGUGAUUGUUCGAAGCAUUAUUCACGGAGGUGCCAUUAGCCGAGAUGGUCGGAUUGCUGUUGGGGACUGCCUCUUGUGUAUUAAUGAAGAAUCUACUAUCAGUUUAACCAAUGCCCAGGCACGAGCCCUGUUGAGAAGACAUUCUCUCAUUGGGCCUGACAUAAAAAUUACUUACGUACCUGCAGAAUAUUUGGAAGAGUUCAAAAUAAGCUUGGGGCAGCAAUCUGGAGGAAUAAUGGCACUGGAUAUUUUUGCUUCCUACACUGGCAGAGACAUUCCAGAGCUACCAGAGAGAGAAGAAGGAGAGGGGGAAGAAAGUGACCUUCAAAAUGCAGCCUACAGCAACUGGAAUCAGCCUCGGCGGGUUGAACUUUGGCGAGAACCAAGCAAAUCCUUGGGAAUCAGCAUUGUUGGUGGACGAGGGAUGGGGAGUCGUCUAAGCAAUGGUGAAGUGAUGAGGGGCAUUUUCAUCAAACAUGUUCUUGAAGAUAGUCCAGCUGGCAAAAAUGGAACCCUGAAACCUGGAGAUAGAAUAGUAGAGGUGGAUGGCAUGGACCUCAGAGAUGCAAGCCAUGAACAAGCUGUGGAAGCCAUUCGGAAAGCAGGCAACCCUGUAGUCUUUCUGGUACAGAGCAUUAUAAACAGACCAAGGAAAUCCCCUUUGCCUUCCUUGCCGCACAACCUUUACCCUAAGUACAAGUUCAGCAGCACUAACCCAUUUGCUGAUUCUCUACAGUUCACCGCUGACAAGGCAUUACAGAAAUCAAGUAGAGUUCUCUUCCGUUGUUCCCCAACUAAUCCUUUUGCUCCCACACCAUUUAAGGUGCCCAGUCAGUCAGAAUCGGAGCCAGAAAAGCCUCCUCUGUGCCACUCGCCUCCACCCCUGCCUCCAGUGUUGGCAGAAAUGAGUGGGGAUCACGCUCUGUCAUCUGCAAAUGAAACCUCAGAAGAUGUGGAUGAAGGGGAUGAGUUUGGUUACAGCUGGAAAAAUAUCAGAGAACGUUACGGAACCCUCACAGGCGAGCUCCACAUGAUCGAACUAGAGAAAGGUCGUAGUGGUUUGGGUCUGAGCCUUGCUGGGAACAAAGACCGAUCAAGGAUGAGUGUUUUUAUAGUGGGGAUUGAUCCAAAUGGAGCAGCUGGGAAAGAUGGUCAACUGCAGAUUGCAGAUGAGCUUCUAGAGAUCAAUGGUCAAAUUUUAUAUGGAAGAAGUCAUCAGAAUGCUUCAUCAAUCAUCAAAUGUGCCCCUUCUAAAGUAAAAAUAAUUUUUAUCAGAAAUAAAGAUGCAGUGAGUCAGAUGGCUGUAUGUCCUGGGCAUACAGUGGAACCCGCGCCUGCUACCUCGGAGAAUCUUCAGAAUAAGGAGGCUGAACCGAGUGUUAUUACUUCUGACGCAGUUGUUGACCUCAGUUCAUUGACAAACGUGCAACAUCUAGAACUUCCUAAGGAUCAGGGGGGUUUGGGCAUUGCCAUAAGUGAAGAAGAUACACUCAGUGGGGUCAUCAUAAAGAGUCUAACAGAGCAUGGGGCAGCAGCCAAGGAUGGACGGCUGAAAGUUGGAGAUCAGAUCUUGGCUGUCGAUGAUGAAGUUGUUGUUGGCUAUCCUGUUGAAAAGUUUAUUAACCUUCUGAAAACUGCAAAGACAAAAGUGAAAUUGACGAUUCGCGCUGAGAAUCCAGACUCCGAGGCUACUACUUCAGGAACUGGUACAGCCAACGGAGAAAGGAAGAGCAGCCCCCAGUCUCCAGUGGUCCCACUGCCUAGCUCUCCGGAACCAGAGCCCACGCGAAGUACAAGCAGGUCAUCAACACCAGCAAUCUUCGCUUCUGAUCCUGCAACCUGCCCCAUCAUCCCAGGCUGUGAAACAACAAUUGAGAUUUCCAAAGGGCGGACAGGACUGGGCCUGAGCAUUGUUGGGGGGUCCGACACACUGCUGGGUGCCAUUAUUAUCCAUGAAGUUUAUGAAGAAGGAGCAGCAUGUAAAGAUGGCAGACUUUGGGCUGGUGAUCAGAUUUUAGAGGUAAAUGGAAUUGACUUGAGGAAGGCCACACAUGAUGAAGCAAUAAAUGUCCUAAGACAAACACCACAAAGGGUGCUCCUGACGCUGUACAGAGAUGAGGCCCCAUACAAAGAGGAGGACGUGUAUGACACCCUCACCGUCGAGCUGCAGAAGAAGCCAGGGAAAGGCCUGGGGUUGAGUAUUGUUGGUAAAAGAAAUGAUACUGGAGUGUUUGUGUCCGAUGUUGUCAAAGGAGGCAUUGCAGAUGCUGAUGGGCGACUGCUACAGGGAGACCAGAUACUAAUGGUGAAUGGAGAAGACGUCCGCCAUGCAACGCAGGAAGCGGUUGCGGCUCUGCUGAAGUGUUCCCUAGGCACAGUAACCUUGGAAGUUGGAAGAGUCAAAACUGGUCCAUUCCAUUCGGAGAGGAGACCUUCUCAAAGCAGCCAGAUGAGUGAAGCCAGCCUGUCCUCAUUCACUUUUCCACUUUCGGGAUCCGGUACAUCUGAGUUACUGGAAAGUAGUUCAAAGAAGAAUGCACUGGCAUCUGAAAUACAGGGAUUAAGAACUGUUGAAAUUAAAAAGGGGCCCACUGACUCAUUGGGUAUCAGCAUUGCUGGAGGAGUGGGCAGUCCGCUGGGUGAUGUUCCUAUAUUUAUUGCAAUGAUGCACCCGAAUGGAGUUGCAGCUCAGACGCAGAAACUCAGAGUUGGGGAUAGGAUUGUCAGUAUCUGUGGCACAUCCACUGAGGGGAUGACUCACACCCAGGCAGUUAACUUACUGAAAAAUGCCCCUGGCUCCAUUGAAAUGCAGGUGGUUGCUGGCGGAGACGUGAGUGUGGUCACAGGUCAUCAACAGGAGCCUGCCAGUUCUAGUCUUUCUCUCACUGGGCUGACGUCAAGUAGUAUAUUUCAAGAUGACUUAGGGCCUCCUCAGUGUAAGUCAAUUACACUAGACCGAGGACCAGAUGGCUUAGGCUUCAGUAUAGUAGGAGGAUAUGGCAGUCCUCAUGGAGACUUACCCAUUUACGUUAAAACAGUGUUUGCGAAGGGAGCAGCCUCCGAAGAUGGCCGUCUAAAGAGAGGUGAUCAGAUCAUUGCUGUCAAUGGGCAGAGUCUGGAAGGGGUAACCCAUGAAGAAGCUGUUGCCAUCCUUAAGCGGACAAAAGGCACUGUCACUUUGAUGGUUCUCUCCUGAAUUUGCUGCCAGAAUUGAGCCACUUCAACUUCUCCCUCACAUCCCACACUAUAGAGAGAGUGAUCCUGCAUAUUCUUCCCAGGCUGUGUUCACUGGGCUCUUCAAUCCUGUAGGAAAAAAAAAAAUAACAUUUAAGUUUGUUUUGUCAUAUGGAAAUGAUUUUCUUACUGACACUCUAGCAUCACUUUCCCAUUCUCUUUAUAUUUUGUGAUGUAAACUCAAAGAGAAGGGCUCUUUGUUUGCAUAGAUAAAGCUGGUCUUUCUUCCUGAAGAUACCUGACAUUUUAUAAUCAGGUGGGCAAAUUUUAAUGUGUGAUCAGUGUUUAGUAGAGAAAGAAAAAGUCACUCAAAAGCUAACCAAGGAGAAGUGGCUUCAUGAAAUUAAGGUGAAAAAUGAAAGUAUAAGGAAGAAAAUCCCGAGUUUUAUAAAAAUGUAUUUUGUUAAUCUGCCUUCUCUCCCCACUUCUAAGAAAAGUUACACUGAAAGUCUUUAAAAAUUCUUUCAAUAUUUAAUUAUUUUAAAUAUUACGUAUUAAACAUUGCAUCUCCUAGCUCUAAUAUAUACAUAUAUAGUUUUCUCCAGAAAUGGGCUUCAUGAUCAAGUAAAAUAGCAGCAAUAGGAAUCAAUGUCCCUAAGUUUGUAAAGAAACCAUUUAUUGCACAUCUUGAGGUUCAUUUUCAUUUUUGACAUAUAAUAUUUCACCUUUCUAUAAGUAAAAUGAUGGCUUUAUCCUGUAUUGACUAUGGUUUCUCUAGAAAGCCUCCAUGCUAACCAUGAAGGAGCGUGGAAGUUUCUCUGAAUUGUUAGUUCUGGUAUUAAGGGAUGCUUUGCUGAAAAUAUGUCUGUGUGCUGUGCAGUUGGUUUUCAGUUAGUAUUAAUCUUCAUGACAGAGAACAAAGCAAUGUGUUGGUAAUUAUUUUGGUUGUAUGCCAUUAGUAAAUUGAUAGAAAAAUUAAGGGGAUUAACAUAACUUCAUUUCAUUGCCUUAUAUUAACAUCUUAUAAUACAAUAGUUUAAGACUAAGGGAAACAGAUGGAGCUGUUUAUUGAGACAACUGGUGAGGAAUUAUCAUGUGUUCAUUCCCAUUUUAGAGCGUGAAACUCCUACAUUGAAUAUAUAAAGUCAUUUUGAAUAUUAUCUAUAUUUGUAACAAAAGUAGUGUACAGAUAUUUUAUUACAGCACUUUUGUGUAAAUGAAGAAUUGAAGUGAAUAAAUAAGUUUCAUG